AUGGGCCUGCAAGACCUCGCUUCAGCAAACACACAGAGGGCGCAGAAGACAGCGAUCAAUGCGUUUGAGCGUUUCCUUGCGUCGGAGGACGUUAACAUGGACUUCAUCGCUGCGUGCCUUCUCAACGACAAGGACGGGUCUGCGUGUGUGAAGCUCAUGGAUCGCUUUGCCGUGUACCUGGCUUUUGUGGACGGCAGAGCUGGGAAACCGCUCGCGCGAAACUCGGUCAUGAGCUACUACCGCCAUGUCAAAAAUCGGUUGCUUGACAGCUACCCCAAGCACCGCUCUGCCAUCGAGAAGAAGCAACUGAAAAUGGCGCAAACGCUGGAGCGCUAU